UUGCACAGUCUGUAUAUCUUCCUAUUAGGAACUACCUAGAUCUGCUCUGCACUACUGUUUCUCCAUAUCCAGACGCAGUCAACAGCAGACGCUCUGCAAACCUGGGCACAUAUUAAUCAUGGGGGAACAAUCGUCUUCCCCGCUUCCGGAGGGGGUUUUCUCCCUUCUCGAUACGGAUUUAUACAAGCUGACUAUGCAAUGCGCGAUUCUCAAGUAUUUCCCGACAGUUCACGUUACCUAUGGCUUCACAAAUCGAACCCCGCAAAUGAAGUUGACGCGGGGUGGGUACAAAUGGAUGCUGGCGCAAAUGGAUAAGUUUGCCAAUAUUCAAGUUACAAAUGACGAACUGGAGUUUCUCAAGACGCGAUGCCCCUACUUCAACGACGCAUACUUGAACUUCCUCACAACGUUUCGACUAAAGCCGUCAGAACAGCUCGAAAUUAAAUUCACUCCAGACAACGACACCGGUAGCGAUGAUGACUUUGGUGACAUUGAGUAUGUUGUGAAGGGCCUCUGGGUUGACACAAUUUUGUAUGAAAUUCCGCUUUUGGCUUUGACCAGUCAAGCAUACUUUAUGUUUAGCGAGAAGGACUGGGAUUACGGCUGCCAGGAAGAGAAAGCAUAUCGGAAGGGCUGUGUUUUGCUUGAGAAUGGAUGCACUUUCUCUGAGUUCGGAACCAGACGACGCCGUGAUUACCAUACGCAAGAUCUAGUGAUGAAUGGACUAUGCCAGGCGGCUAAGGAGGGAAAAGAGAAAGGAGUACCCGGCGUAUUUACUGGGACGAGCAACGUGCACUUCGCAAUGAAGUAUAACGUUGACCCUGUCGGAACCGUGGCUCAUGAAUGGUACAUGACCAUUGCCGCGAUCACGGAUGACUACGAGAACGCAAAUGAGCUGGCACUGAAGUACUGGCUCGGUUGCUUCGGUGAGGGAGUGCUCGGAAUCGCACUGACGGACACAUUCGGCACACCCGCAUUCCUUGACGCUUUCCGCAAACCCAUCGAUGGACAGGACGAAACUCCUUGCAAAACAUACGCACAAGUGUAUACCGGUAUUCGCCAGGAUUCGGGCGAUCCAACAUAUUUCGUCAAAAUGGCCCGCGAAUUCUACGACCGGGAGGGCAUCACAGAUACGAAGGUCGUUGUGUUUUCUGACUCACUCGAUAUUGAGCACUGUCUCGAGUACAAGACCAUCGCAGAGGAGGCGGGCUUCAAACCAACCUUUGGCGUUGGAACUUUCUUCACAAAUGACUACACCCACAAAUCUACCGGCGAAAAGUCCAAGCCUCUCAACAUCGUCAUCAAAAUCUCAACGGCAAAUGGGGAACCCGCCGUGAAGCUGAGCGACAACAUGGGCAAGAACACAGGCGACAAGGCUACCGUUCAAAGCGUCAAAAAGAGACUAGGAUAUGUUGAGCAGGUCUGGGAAGAGGGCGAUGAGAGCAGUCGAUGGACGAAGAAUGCCAAAUAGAUAACCGAAGUCGAAAAAUAUAGAAGCAAAGACCCCACAGGCCACCGCGGUGCACAUAGAGCAUACAUUGUUGGAGUUCUGGGUGGCAUUGUAUUUAUCACACUCUCUCAUCUGCUGAUGGGAUUCAUUUGUCCAUAGAAUAAUAUAUAUUCC